AUGGCCCAUAGUGUUUCUGGUACUAUGGUAGGCCAAUUGCCUUUGGCGGCUCCCAGCUUCUUCUUCAAUGUUUUCUUGAUGAUCUUGUUGAUAGCUUCUACCUGCCCAUUGGAUUGCAGAUGUGCCAGAGAUGCAAAGAAGAUGCUGAUGUUGAAACGGGAGCAGAGAUGCCAAAACCGUGAGCAGUUGAAUUGCUUGCCGUUGUCCGUUACGAUGGCGUUUGGUAGGCCGGAUCGGCAUAGGAUCUGCCGUUAUUGUUGUGAGGGCCUUGGCCUCAGUCCAUUUGGUAAAGUAAUCGACGGCUACGACUGCGAAUUUAAGCUGACCUGUGCCUUGUGGCAUUGGGCCGAUGUGAUCGAGUCCCCGUUGGGCAAAUGGCCACGGGCUAGUCAUCGAACUGAGUGGUUCGGCAGGGACUUUCGAUACAGAUCUGAAACGUUGGCACGGAUCGCACCUUUGCACAAUCUGGGUGGUGUCAGCGUGGAGAGUUGGCCAAUAAUAGCCUUUCCGAACGGCCUUGAAGGCCAAGGAUCGGGAUCCCAAGUGGUCACCAUACGCGCCUUUGUGAAUCUCACGUAA